CCAGUCCAGUACCUGAGCUCUCCGACUGGCAACCAGCUUAAGCAUUGUUUCUUCUGGGCAAAGAGAGUAAGAAGGGGAAGGGAGAGAAAGGACAGAGAGAGAGAGAGAGAGAGAGAGAGAGAGGGAAUGACAGAUGGACGGGGGGCGGCGGAGAACACCUCCACGCUUUAUGUUCAAACUUCACAACAAAGAAAUAUGAGCGUUUGGACGUUCAAAAUCUGACUUGUGAUUAUUCGGGAAGUUUAUAUAUAUAUAAUUUUACAUUUUAAAAGAGCGAUUCACAUGAGUUGUGUUUUGACGGGUGUCAGACCGCUCUGACCUCAGAAUCUGACGGACAGACAGUGACAGGCUGCAGUGUGAGCGACCUGAAGGAGGAGGGCGUUAAACGCUGAGACGAUACAACAUGUGCGUUCACAGAUCACUUGAACGGAUUUUGCAUGACAGACAGACUUGAUGUCAUAAUGUAUAUGUGAACUCUUUGAUAUCAAUCCAACCUUUGGGGGUCUGGGACGUUUUAAGGCUUAAAAGGAUUUUGACAGACAGAUAUACAGUAGGGACUCGUGCUGCUGGAGAGUCAUUAAAUACCUUGAAUCUGCCGCUCAGGAUUUUACUGAGAAAAUAAUCCACUCCAAUUCAGACCACAUCAACCACCCCGGCUCGACGCUGCACCCAGAGACACUACCUGAGAAGAAUCCCUCCAUUAAAAGGACUGCAGCAUUUGCUUCAGUGGCACCCUCUGUAAUGUUAAAGUGAAGGCAUUAAUACAAGCUCACGUUUACUCACACACAGCCAGCAGGUGCAUGCAUGAUGGGUAAUAAGGCUGGGUGAGAGGGCAGCUGCAGCUCCAUUCAAGGCAAAUAUAAUCGACUCUGACAGACAGCAGACUCACAUUCUGACCCCAGCCAGGGUAAGAGCAUCUGAUGGAUUUCAGGUCUGCCAGAGAAAGAUCUACCUUGAGGUAGAGCAGCUAAAUAUUAUAAUAGUAUCUAAGUGUAACAAAGACAUAUAAAGUAAAGCCACAUAGGGCAGGUUUAAGGUCUCUGUAGGACAAGCUGCAGGUUGUACACAUGAUUAUCACACAUAAGAUACACUGUGCUGAAAGGGAUUCUUCCAGAGACUUCAGCACCAUGAUGGAGAAGAUGAACCCCACCGGCCCACCGGCCUCACCGCCCGACCUGCCUCGCCACCCCUCCUCUUCCUCCUCCUCCUCCGCCACCUCCUCUCCAUCCUGUGCCUCCGUAGAGCAGCACAGUCCCCUCCAGCAGACUUUAGCCCCCUCGAGUGCUAACAAGACCGGGCACAUGGGACACACGGAUGUCCCCUCUUCUGGCUCCAUUCACUCGCCCAUUUCCACAACAACAUUAACUAGUCGCCCUGCAGAUACAGCUGCUGCACCUGAGCCCAUCGCCAUGGAGACCGAGGAGGAGGAGGAGAAGCGACAAGGGCCAAAGAGCACCACAGCCCCUGCCAUUUCGACCAACAGGUCUCCAACUCUGUCCUCCCCACCUCCACUUCUCCCGGCACCUUUCAAGACCUCCUCGGGCCCUCUACCACCUCCAACCUCUGCCGUGUCCUCCUUUUCCUCCUCCUCAUCCUCACCUCUUCCUCCACACAUUCCAGUCAUCAGCCUUGGUCACAGCAAACCCCCGCUCCCUCUCCCGCUCCCAAAUACCCCUUUGACGGCCCUCCACCCGAUUCCCAACCUCCUACAUGGGCUACAUGGGGACCUUCGCCGCAGUCAGCUGACCUGUUCUUCUGGGGGCCCUUCAGCCUCCUCCCCAGGGCCCCUGCUGCCUCAGCAGUACCUCUCUGCACACCCCUUCUUCACCAGCUCUUACCUGGGUCCCUCAGGAGGAAAUUAUGGGGUCAUCAAUAACAGCCGGAUCAAGCGAAGACCCUCGUCACACUAUGAGGUGGAGAUCAAUGACUGCCCUGGACACUCAGACAGUGAUUAUGUGUGUCUAACAGGCCCACCCCAGAAGAUGGCUCGCCGUGUCUUCACCAACAGCCGCGAGCGCUGGCGACAGCAGAACGUGAACGGGGCGUUCUCUGAGCUGAGGAAACUCAUUCCCACACAUCCGCCUGACAAGAAGCUCAGCAAGAAUGAAAUCCUGCGUCUGGCUGUGAAGUACAUCAACUUCUUGGUCACUCUGCUCAACGACCAGGCGCAGGACAAGAGCAGAGACUCAACUGAGGAUGAGGACGAGAGCACCGUGGCAGACCAUAAUAAACAGAACAUCAUUUUUCAGUGCAACACUCCUCCUCCGUCCAACGACGCCCCACCGCCGUCGGCCCGCCCCGGGACCGUCCACAGAGACAGAGACUCAACAGACUCAGUCAUCGCUAUGGUUAACUCCCCAGCAACAUCCAGUUGCUAUGGCGACACGGACAGUGAGGAAAGCUUUGGGGCUAAGACUUCUUUGGUGACCCAUGGCAUUCUGGGAAAGGGCAAGGGUCAGAUAAGGAUGGUGGCAGCCACAAACGAUGAGCGGUGACACCAAAAGACAGCCAACAAAGAGGUGUGAAUGUUAGACUGAUGGACACAAUCAUCGUCGGACACAAAAAGGGUUUGAGGAGCAAGCGUGACUCUCUUUAAUCAGUGAAAUAAGUGGGAGAUGGAUAUUUUAAGACAUUUUUGUUGUUUCAACUGUCUUUAUGUCUUUUCCAGGGUUGUGCAAACAUUGUGUAAGCUCUGUGUUUUGGGAAAAUACUGCUGUGGGGCAGGUUGAGGGGCAUGAAACAUCAAUGAGUAUUUAAACAGACUUUAAAAAGUUUAAUAUCCAAAUAAGGUCCCAAUUUGUCAAACAAUGAGGCUCCAUACCAUAUAUAGAUUAUGCAAAACACUGUGAUGGAAAUAUAUAUAUAUAUUGUCUGAUUUUAAUUCCUACAUGGUAACAAAAAUAAUAAUCUUUUCUCAGAUAAAGAAUUUAGGUUGAAAACCAGAUCUUUUGUUUUCUUAGUCUAAAUGCUGCCUUGGUAACAUUUAUAUAAUUAGCAUUGCCCCAGUAGAUUUAAAGUGACUUAAGAGUGCCACAUACUCUUAUGUGCCUGCAGAGAAGUGCAUGCGAACAAUGCAAUAAUGAACCAAAUUUGCCGUUUUGGAUGUUCCUGCUUUUCUUAUUGUCAGAGAUGGUUCCACCCCAAAAUUGUGAAACACUUGUACCAGACAGAAAUAAAGUGUGUUUUAGAUAGCUGUUCCUUAUUUGACAUCCUCUUAUUGCAUUACAAAGACUGCUCUGUGUCAGCAAGAUGUCUCAACAUUACAAAUGUUUUUCCCGUGUUUGUCAAAAGGUUUAGGGAACAUUUGCGUAUCCUCAAAGAGUUCAGCACAAUUAAAUCUCAGUUGCUAUUGGGUUGGGUUCUGAAAUAAACAAGUGUAAACGUGAA